AGAUGGUAAAACACAGAAAAGUAAUUAAAAGAAGAAGCGGGAGAAACGAUUAAGACUUACAUGGUUAGAAACGCUCGCACUUUCUCUAAUUAAACUCUUCUUCUGCAAACUCCCUCUCCACAUUAAUGCCGGAAAACGAAGAACGCAACCCAGAAGGGAAAACAAAAACCUUCUUCUUCACCCACCCAAACCCAUCAUGGAAGAACACUUCCUCUUCACCUGCAGUCGACAAUGGCGUCCAAUUCUUCCUCAUCCAACUUCGACGAGAUCAGGUGGGUAGUUCGAAUCCGACGGACCCUCGAUGAAGAACUCGAGGACGACGAUGGGAUUCCGGUAGCAAUUUUCAAGGUCCCCAGAUCGUUAAUGGCGUCCGAUCCAGAUUCCUACACUCCGCAGUUGGUCGCUUUGGGUCCUUACCAUUGUUGGCGUCCGGAGCUCCAUGAGAUGGAGAGAUUCAAGCUCUCUGCCGCAAAAAGAGCCAAAAGAUUCAGCCCUAGAGACCUCCAGUUUCACGAUCUCGUCGAACAACUGACAAGGCUCGAGCAGAAGAUUCGAGCGUCUUAUCACAGUUACUUGGAUUUUAAUGGCGAAACUUUGGCCUGGAUGAUGGCCAUUGACGCAUCCUUCUUGCUCGAGUUUCUUCAUAUCUGCGCCGUCCAACUGGGGAAAAUGAAGAUUCUCCGGCGAGUGUCCUCCAGAAUGUCGCAUUUGGUCGAUUACGCCGGGACGAAGCCGGCGCAUAACGCCGUUCUGGGAGACAUAAUAAUGCUAGAAAAUCAGAUCCCGUUGUUCGUAUUGAGGAAGAUGAUGGAAUUUCAAUCUGAAUCGUCGGAAAUCGCCGAUGAGAUUUUGCUCUCCAUGUUAAUCGGAUUGUUCAGAGAGGUUUCUCCUUUCAGUAAUCUCACGGAGGACGUUCCAGAGAUUCAAAUUUCAGAUUGCGCUCAUUUGCUGGACUUUUUAUACCAAAUGACCACGCCCAAAUCGAUAGAAUCAUCAGAAAUAAUCGAAAUCCACGAAGAAAUCGAACAACCUCCCCAAAUUUCAAGUUCCACAAAACGAUUCGCACACAGAUUGAAGCAUUACCUCUCCAAAUUAAUCAAAUCGUUAAUUCAUUUCACGAAACAAGCGAUCCAAUCCCAACCUGUGAAGACGGUCGCGCGGCUACCAUGGACGAUCCUCUCCACCAUCCCCGCAUUCGCAAUCUUAAAACAGCCGGCCGAGAUUCUCUUCUUCCGAGAUGAAGAAAUCCCCAAAGAAACAGAAUCUAAAAACCGUAACUCAAAUCACAACGCGAACAGACCGCCAUUGAUCGAGGAAAUAACAAUCCCUUCCGUCUCGGAACUCUCAAAAGCCGGAGUCCGAUUCUCACCCUCCGCCGGCGGAAUCUCAACGAUCACCUUCGACGCAAAAACCGCAACGCUCCACCUUCCGACGGCGAGGCUGGACGUGAACACACAAGUGACGCUGAGAAAUCUAGUGGCGUACGAAGCGUCGAGAGGAUCGGGCCCGCUGGUUUUCACUCGGUACACGGAAUUGAUGAACGGGAUCGUGGAUUCGGAGGAGGACGUGAGAUUGCUGAGAGAAGGAGGGGUGAUUCUGAACCAUCUGAAGAGCGACGAAGAGGCGGCAGCGAUGUGGAAUGGGAUGAGCAAAUCGAUCAGAUUGAGCAGAGUUUUGGCAUUGGAUAAGGUGAUCGAAGAAGUGAAUGAAUAUUACGAUGGAUUAUGGAGAGUGAAAAUGGGAAGAAUUGUGAAUGAAUAUGUUUAUAGCUCGUGGCCUUUGCUGGCUCUAAUGGCGGCCGCUUGGCUUCUCUUCUUGAUCGCUCUGCAAGUUUUUUGCUCUCUGUUUGGUUGUUUUCGCGCCCUUCAUCCCAAGCAUUCUUGA